CCGGGACAGGGAGUCAGGGCGCCACAACGGGGGCAACCCACCUCUUGCACACACUCACACAGAGACAGUAAGCACGAAGGGGAAGACGCAAAGUGUGAAACGAAGAAAAAGAAGGAACAGAGAAGAGAGAGAGAGAGGGGAUAUAUAUCUAGAUAUGGCACACACCUAUGAAGGAGGAAUCCCUGCCCGGGUCUAUCUGGGAACCCUGCUCGUGGCUCUUUGCUUCCACCCCAUCUCCGUUGGAGGAGCCGCUGCUGAAGCAGGAGGUGGCGCUGGAGAAUGGCGCCACAACGCUGAAUCACUCCAUGGCAAUGGUGCAGCGCAUGGAAGGUCUUCUGGUCCAAGGCAACGGCAGUGAUGUGGUCCUCCGCGUGCAGACGGUCAACACGGAUGAGGUGAAGGUGAUCCAGGCGCACACGCUGGUGCUCUCGCUGCAGAGCGAGGUGUUUGAGGAGCUGCUGCUCAGCCACAACACCAGCACCUUGGUCCUGAGAGAGCCUGCCGACUGUACUGCUGUCUUUGACAAGUUCAUCAGGUACCUCUACUGCGGUGACAUCUCUGUGCGCCUGGACCAGGCAAUCCCUCUGCACAAGCUGGCUAGCAAGUACCGUGUGUGGAGCCUCCAGCAGGGCCUGAGCCAGUACAUGACAGGACACCUGUCCAGCGACUCCCCGACCGGCCACGUGGUUGGCUGGUACCAGUACGCCAUGCAGAUCGGCGACGCCAACCUGAGGGACAGCUGCCUCCAGUACCUCUCCUGGAACCUGUCGUCGGUGUUGCAGAGCGGCGAGUGGGGCUCCAUCAGCGACGACCUGCUGCUGUCCCUGAUGCAGCGCUCCGACCUCAUCCUGCAGAGCGAGCUGGAGCUCUACGAGGCCCUGGAAGCCUGGAUCGGCCAGAACCAGCCGGCCGGCCUAACGGUGGAGAAUGCCCUGAGGCAGGUACGCUACGGCAUGAUCCCUCCGCAGCACCUGUUCCGUCUGCAGAAGCAGUCCCCAAUCAUGCUGAAAUACUACGAGUCCAUCCGUGACCUGCUCUUCCUGGCCUUCCAGUUCCACUCGGCCUCGCCUGUCCAACUGGCCAAAUACUUUGACGUCAACUGCAGCAUAUUCACGCCACGCAACUACCUGUCACCGUCCUGGGGCUCUCCGUGGGUCAUCAAUAACCCCACUCGCGACGACCGCAGCUUCAGCUUCCAGACCCAGCUGGGCCCCAGCGGCAGCGACGCCAGCAAGCGGGUGACCUGGAACGCCCUGUUCUCCCCGCGCUGGCUCCCGCUCAGCGUGCGCUCCGCCUAUACAAACGAGAUGCAGGCCACACGCACUGACGGCGGUCGUCCUCGCAUCAUCGUCACCCCAGCCACUUCCAGCCCCGACUUCGCAGGUGUGAGCUUCCAGAAGACGGUGAUCGUGACGGCGAGGCAGGGGGGUAAAAUGGUGGUUCGUCACGUCUACAACUUCCACCAGAGCACUGAGGAGGCCGGGGAUUUCCUGGUGGAAGCCGACCUUCACCGCCGGGCGUCUGAAUACCUCAUCGACAGCUCCCUCUACCUGCACGUCGUGGUAAAGCCCCUUUACCACAGCCUCAUCGUUGCCAGGAAAUAGGCCAAGAGG